AUGACGCAGGUGAUCCUGCGUCAACCUCCUGGCCCUUUCGAAGGAACACCCCAACCGAUUCGACCUUUCAACAUGGCCUGCUUCAUCUUAUCGACUGCUGCUGUUGCUCUUCCUUCUUCCCCAUUGUACGAGCACGAUUCCAAGGUACCCAUAUCGGUCUACAACUUUCAUCAAAUUCUUCUCUUGUUUCGAUCUUAUCAGUUCAAUCAAAUCAAAUACUUCAAUCGAAUUUAUCCAUUAGAUCAAUUCAUUUCCUUUUUCUAUCUUUAUCACUACCUCACCUAUCCCAUCACAACUAUCUCAUCUCCUGUAGCCACCAUGUCCGAAAACCAAUCGGUCCGAUCGGUUUCUCCUGGUCUUGAAGAGUUGUUGCCUCACACAGCACAGACGGAUGCUCAGUCGGUCUCCCAUGUUUCCGAAACUCCUCAACCUACACCUACCAAGUUGAAGCGACGCGCCCCGAAGAAAACGGGCAAGAAGUUCAAGUUGCCCGUUCCAGCCACGGGUGAACUCAAGACAUUCAUCGAUCAUGGCACGACUCGGGAUCCUCAAGGCUAUCCACUGUAUCCAAAUGGCGACACAGUUUUUGUUCGAGAACCUCAUGAGGAUAUCACCAACUUCGGUCACGUUGCCUAUACACACACUCAAAAGACGAAAGGUUCAAAAGAUGGACCUUGGAAGACCGUAUGGUACGCUUGCCUUGGCGUCCUCCGUUGCGACGACGACUUUUGCGCGUACGCUGCUCCUCCACCCACCGCCGAAGGCAAAGCAGCCGAAUACAUCAAGGAGAAUCCUGUAUGUCCAGCGGUCGAGUGCAGCGGCACUCAUAUAUGGACCCAAUGCCCCGGCACGAUCUGCCGAAUCGACAUCCAGAAAGACACUGGGUGGGGCGUUCUUCGGCACUCUGGAUUCCAUGCUCACCCUUGGCCAGCCUCGAAAGAGGCUGACCCUUUGGCGAUGCUCGAUCUGACGGAGGAGGUCAUCAAGAACCCGAAGGCUGGACCGUUGGUUCUCAAAGUUGGCCAGGCUGGCGCGGGUCAGACCGUAACCGCGCCGGUUGUGGAUAUCCAUCCCGCCUUCGCUAAUGGUGGUCGUUUGGCAUACUUAAGACGCAAGGUUUUGGUUGAGAAAGGCCUCAUCCCGGAAAAAGAAAGCAAAGGUGGUGGAGAUCGUCUGAUCAUGGACCUUAUGCAUUGGGGAAAUAAUGUCCACAUUACUUUCCAGACCAAGUGGAUGGCGGAACAGUUAGUUAGACGAGAUGCCCUUGGUAAGGUUUACGCAGGCGGCCUGCUUUCGGAUGUCACCUACCGAUUCUUCCACCAUGGAUACCUCCUCACUACUUCGAUGUACAGUGAGAUCCUACACCGUUGGAUCCCUGUCCAACUUACUUGGAUGUGGGGGCUUGAAGAGGCUCAUUAUCGAGCUCACUUCACAACCCUCCUCUCCCAAAUCAACGCCGCCGACUUGACUUUCCACGAAAGCGACCUUCUUGUCCAACAGGUGGUCGAUUUCUCGGCCGCGCAGAAGAAAGGCUUCGUCACGGCUUACAUGGAUGUCUUCAAAGAACACGACCCCGCCAAAGCCCUGAGCAAACUCAAAGGCUGCCAUGAACACUACCGUCAGUCAAUCACACGGAUCAAGAAGAACAGGAACGUGGUCGCAUCGAGCCGAUUGGCCGAGUUCGAGAAACUCGCUUUGGACCUUCUCGAGCCAAUCAAACCUGGAGACCCCUCUCUCACCGAUAAAUUCGCGCAGAUUGCACGACUGUUCCCGAAAGCCAAAGCUUGGAUUGAUUGGUGGAACACAGCUGAUAUACACAGCAUGUUGUUCUGUGCUUGA